AUGGCCUUUGACUUUUCUCCACCAUCAGUCUACGGUACUAGCUACUUGGAUCCUGAUCUCAAGCCGCAGAUGGAACGUGCCGCUUAUCUAGAAACCUUUCUCCAUGACGGCUACCCGGCGUUGCAGCGCCGGACCUACCCUGGGGAGUUGGAAAGCUAUUCGUUUGACUCGUCUCAGCUGCUAGACCCAGCCAUCUCUCAGCCUUUCGCAGCACACGGCGGCUCGUUUUCCUCAUCUUACAACGGCUCGCUCAUGGAUGCUGAAAUCAGGGCGGCCACUUUUGACGCUCCGCCUUCAAUCAAUGCAGCAGUGUGUAUCCCCGAGGUCUGCGAAGUGUCCAUGUACGCUUCUGGGGACGCGCUGGGUCGCCUUCCGCUUGGAAAUACUCCUGAGCAGUCCAGAGGGUCAUUUGGCUCGUCCGAUUCCGAAGUCGCGCCUUGGGAGUGGUCGAAAGUUCUCGCACGAAAAACGCAAAAGGAUUGCUUUGCGAAGCGAGCCGAGCAGAUAGCCCGGAAGACGGCCAAGCCAAUCCAGGUGGCAGAGAACGACUCUCAAGGCGAAGAGGGACCUUCGGUCGGGUUCCUCGAGAUCAAGAGGAUCAGUCCCGGUGGUUUCACGUGCGGGAUUGACGGUUGUGGCAAAUCCUUCAACAGGAAGGAGCAUCUCAAGCGACACUUCAAUACCACCCAUGAAGAGAACCUCAUCAAAUGUCCCUUUUGCAAGGAAAAAACGAGAAACCUUUUAACAGACACGAUAAUUUCAAGCACCACAUCAAGAUCCACUCUCAACCGCGUUCUCACGGUAGAGUAG